CCGCUGCACUCCGUCGCCUCACGCCCACGCCGCUGCACUCCGUCGCCGGUCUCCAGUGUUCUCCACUCGCCGCCGGCGUCGCCCCUGCUGCCCUCGCCACCGGCAUCGCCCCUGCUGCUUCGCCGCCGGUCUCCAGGCAAAUGACAGAUGAGCUAAGGAACUUGGAAUUUACUCUCCCAAAGGUAAAAGAGAGUAAGAAGGCUAAGUUCAGUUUAGGCCUUGCAGAACAAAAGCUUGGGUCACAUAUAUUUGAAGAAACUAAAAUUCCUUGCCAAAGCAAUGAAUUUGUUCUAGAGCUUUUAUUAGAUAUUGCUUUCGUAAAGAAGCUGGUUCUCAUGGCCGUGACACUCUUGGGAUUUUUCGUGGUCAUCAAUUUGAAAACUGCAGAAGCACUGCAGAGUAAACAGCUUGAGGAGCUUACUGGGCGGAUGAGGGAAUGUAAAAGGUUAAUCAAAGAGUUUGAUCGUGAAAUCAAAGAUGAGGAGAGUAAAAAUCCACCUGAGCUCAACAAGCAACUUAAUGAUGAGAAGCAAUCGAUGGUGGAUAUUAUUACCAUUGAUUUCUCAGAGAAGUUGCUGUUUAGAUUGAAGCUGCUCAUGGUUAAAGCGGCUAUCUAGGUGAUUAACACUUCUCUUAAAUGCUAAUUCAAGAGGAACAAAGUUUGGGAGAAGAUUAUGGCUUGUAUUAAUUAAUAUAGAUAAUUUUUGAUGAACUUGUAUUAUUAAUUAUUAUCAAUUGUGAGAUUUAUUGCUUUUAUUAAUUUUGAUAUUAUAAAUAUAAAUUGUAUAGGUUUUGAAUGUGACUGUGAUAGCUAUAUAUACUUGAGCAGGUUUUG